CCCAUCAGAAGAAGGUCACAAGACUAUAAAUCUGGCUAUUUGUUUCAAAAGGGGAAAUGUAAAUAUCACCGCCUCUGUAAGUCAGGUGGGUGACAGCACGAAGCUGAACUGCUCUAGAUGGAAGUGCUGGGUGGAAUUCAGGUUUGGUUUUGAACAGCCGGGUGAAGUAAGACAUGGUGAUCCUUCAGAGGACUUAGUUGGUGUUAAGUGAUGUACUGUGGCAGUUAGCAACUCAUCAGCAUUGCACCACAGCCAGAAACGACUCCGUUCGCUUUUUUAACAUCCUCUUUUAGCUCUGCUGUCACUUGGUAUUCAAAAACCGUGCCCUUUUCCAGUGGGAUCACUUCUGUUUUAAAAGGGAAAGAAAAGGGAACUAAAUCAUGUGUACUGUUUUUUUCCACACAGACAGCAGUGAAGAAAGGGUAUGUAAGAGUCUGUUCUUGUGCAGCUGCUGUAGUAGGAGAGUUCUGGGCUAUGUGACCAUCCGCCUCCCUUACUUGACGAGGUUUGAGAAGGUUGAGGUACUCUGCUUGUCACUCACAGGACUACAUGGAACUCUGCUGAUCAGGCUGUUACUCACACUUGUCAUCAUGUUGGCAGAAGGCAUCUUAACUAGAUUCAUGUAUAAAGAAAGCUGUCAUCAAGAUAAGCCUCACAAAUCUCAUGCACCCAGAAAGGAUAAAGAGGGAAUCUGGAGACAGAAACUUGUAGACAACCCAAAAAUCAGAGGCUUUGCUGAUGGACAUGAGAAGCAGGGUGAGAUCCCUGCUAGAAGCAGCAAAAUGGAGCACAGGAGCAGUCCUCAGUGGAGAUCUAUAGAAAAGGAACCUGCAAAGGAACGCAAAGUGCUUGUUAAAGGAACCGUGUCACCGGCUUUGCAUAUCCCCAGGAGAGAACAGGAUACUGAUCAGGUGGAUUUGUACAGGUCCUGGUUGUGCAACAGCAUUUACCAAAACUACCCUGACCUGCACAUUGGGGGAGACCGCGUGGGGGACCACGCGUGUGAUUCAGGUUGUGUUUUGGACCAUGCGUGGGAUGAACUUCCCGAUGGCCCUGUUUUACUGUCUGCAGAUAUCCCUCUAGGUCAGUCCCCUCCACGUGAGCAUCCCGAAAAACCAAGUGUGAAGUCCCUGCCUGGAGAUGAAGCUGGGGAAAGGAGUAUUGUGCUCUGUAAGGAGCCCCUUUCAAACUCCGUGCUCAACAGGUACAUGGAAACAAAAGUGGCAGAGCUCUAUAAAGAGGUUUUUGAAGAAAACCUGACCAGAUGUGGUUCUGUAACAAACCUCCUCACCUGCAGCUGGGUAAGGAAUAACCUGACUCAGCUAAGCUUUCAGCUAUCACAGGAGCAGAACAUCGAAACAUCGAAAGCCAGAGAAGUGCUCUUGCACUCUUUAGCUUUGUUUAGUUUGUGCAACACUACCAAUAGGAAUAGCUCUGAAUUCAGUACUCCAAACUUACUAAUCUCAAACCCAGCAUGCAUGAGGAAGAGCUGCAGGACACAGUUUACAUCGUGACUGAUCGACUUAGCUGGAGCGGUGAAUAUGGUUUGGAUGUGAAUAUUUCACUCCAAGGACUAGGUUGGGAAAUAAAACAUUUACACACUACAGACUUUUUCAGAUGAAUAUGUUAAGGCUUGAAUCAUACUUUGUUAACAGAGGAAGUAAAGGUCAUUGUUUCCUUUUUUCCUAAUAUAGAAUUUGAAAUUAAUUUCUCUCUAAAAUACUACUCAACCAUAUUUUUAUACUGUAUAUGUCCUCCUAAGACUUUGUAUGAAUAGUCAUGUACCAUUGGAUUUACUCCUGAAAGAAAGAAAAAUCAGUUGGAACAUGGCUGAUAAAACUUUCCUCUAAGAGACCGAUCCACCCAACCAGAUAGUGAAAGAGUCAGGUUGUCUUUACUAGACUGGACCAUGUGGUUGAAGCCCAAGUUUGAACUACUGGGGUUCAAAUUUUGCUCCUGCAAAGCUUGAUCACAGUGCAAAAUGUUUCCUUGGUUUGAAAACCUUGUGGGCAGGUGGAGGCGUGCAGGACUCGGGGAUUAUUUUGUGCAUACCAUACAUAGGAAAUAUAUUGACAGGAUACAUGAAUGAAGACACUAAUGUUAUUGCAAAUGUACGUUUGUACUGCGUAGGUGGAGAAUGUUACAAUGAAAAUCUGGGUGAUUGUUGAUCAAGAUUGUAAAAAUGUUUAAUUUUUUUUAAAAAAUGUUUUUCUUUUAAAUAAAUCCUUACCUCUCUGAUGAAA